GCAUUUCUUAAUUUCCGGGCACAGUCAAAUGCGCGCCUGCAUGGUGUUCAGUUGUGUUUGUUAAAUUUUGUGCCUUUAAGGCUACUUUAAGUAGCUUCUCAAGCUACGCUUGCAACAUCAACAGCCAACAACAACAACAACGUUAAGAAGAAGAACACCAUGGCUAGCGCUCCAUUGUUGCUUGAGAAUUUUAUUUACAGGAAGCGCAAUUUCGUCUAUGCUUUUGUGCGCCAUCGUCUCUUUUCGUUAUGCAAACAAUCGCUAAUACGCGUGCAGUCUGCGGAGGGCAUUAAGCGCAUUGAGAUCUCGCCAAAGUCCAAUCUGAAGCAGCUAUAUGACAUCGUACAGAAUUCCCUUAACGCCGAUGGCUUCGGUCUGUUCCUGGAGCGAAAUUUCGCUACAGAGCUGCACGCCAGCGUCUCGAAGCUUGUGGGCACAUCCCUGAAGCAUGGCGACAUGGUUUACUUAAAACAAAUUGCGGGCACUUCAUCACGACGCGCAAGUACCACAGCAAUGGAGAAUUUGGCAUUCAAUAGCGUGACAAAACAGUCCGGCGAUAAGAUUAGCAAUGCACGUCCCUCCAAUAAUAUUAUCGAGGAUGAAGUCGAUCAACAGCUGUUCAAAUCUGAUGGCACCAUCAAACGUGAACGCGAUACUAAACUUUGCCAUCAUAAUGCCAAUGGACGCUGUGUACACUGCUCACCGUUGGAACCGUACGAUGAAAGCUAUCUUAAGGAGCACAAUAUCAAGCACUUAUCAUUUCACUCGUACAUACGUAAGCAGACAUCGGGCAUGGAUCAUGGCAAAUACUUUGUGUUCGACGAUAUCAAUUGCCGCAUCAAGCCCGGCUGUCGGGAGCAUCCACCCUGGCCGAAGGGCAUCUGCUCCAAGUGCCAGCCGUCGGCAAUAACGCUAAAUCGUCAGACCUAUCGUCAUGUUGAUAAUGUCAUGUUUGAGAAUACCAAAAUCGUUGAGCGCUUUUUAAACUAUUGGCGGACCACUGGACAUCAGCGCAUGGGCUAUUUGUAUGGCACUUAUGAGCAGCAUGCAGAUGUGCCACUUGGCAUACGCGCCAAGGUGGCGGCUAUAUAUGAACCGCCCCAAGAAUCGUCGCGCGAUUCGAUUAAUAUAUGUCCAGAUGAGGGUGCCGAUGAUGUGGAUGCUGUUGCCAGCGCAUUGGGACUUAAGAAAAUCGGUUGGAUAUUCACUGAUCUGAUUACGAAAGAUGCUAGCGCUGGUACUGUUAAACAGAUACGCGGCAUUGAGACGCACUUCCUUACAGCCCAGGAAUGUAUAACCGCUGGCGAACUGCAGAAUCGUCAUCCCAAUCCAUGUAAAUAUGCCUCAAAUGGCAAUUUUGGCUCUAAAUUUGUGACCAUUUGUGUGACAGGUGAUCAAACCAAGCAGGUGCACAUGGAGGGUUAUGCUGUGUCCGCUCAGUGCAUGGCCUUAGUGCGAGAUAAUUGCUUAAUACCCACUAAAGAUGCCCCAGAAUUGGGAUAUGUACGUGAAUCGACCGAUAAACAAUAUGUACCGGAUGUCUUUUACAAGGAAAAGGAUCAAUAUGGCAAUGAGGUUCAGCGUCUGGCGCGUCCAUUGCCGGUGGAGUAUCUGCUGGUGGAUGUGCCCGCAUCGACACCGUUGCAGCCGCAGUACACAUUCACGGAGUACGACAAACGUCAAGCAUUCCCCAUUGAGAAUCGUUACAUUGAUGGACACCUGCAGGAUUUCAAUGCGCUGAGCAACUACCUAUCGGCCUGGGCCGAUGAGGAGUUCCUAGAAGCCAUUUCGGACUUCCACUUGCUGAUUUAUUUAUACAAAAUGGAUAUGCUGCCGUUGCGUCAACAUAUGGGUCCAUUGUUGGAGGCGGUGCGCUCCAAGAAUCCCAAUAAGGCGGCUGAUUUCAAAAGCGAGGAAGUAUGGAAACUGCUUGAAUCCCUUUUCCAGGCCAGCUCCACAGGCAGCGGUGGGACAACUAGUUAUCCGAGCGGUGCAGCGGCCACUGCUGGCACUGCAGGCGCCGAUGCCAUGGAUUUGGAUGCCAACACCUGGACAUGCAAUCACUGCACGUUUAUCAAUCGCGGCGAGCUGACCUCCUGCGAAAUCUGCUCGCUACCCAGAUAAGGAUGAAUAUCAAUGCGAGCCCAGCUGUCAGCAUAACGCUACGAAAUUCUGGUGUUAAUGAAACUAAAGAUUCAAUCAUACUUACUAUAAUAUAGCAGAGACGCAUGCAAAAUAGGGGCGUGGCAACACAACCUUAUUGCAUGCUGCUCGUUCUCUAUAAAUGUAACAUUGUGUAAGAGUUUUAUAAAAAAAAAUUUAAUUUAUUUUUAAAUAAAUUUAAAUUGUUGAGUAUAUGUA